GUCUAUAAUGUUUUCACUAUGCCGGAAAGUUGGAGCGCAGCCUGCUCUCUGGCUAGAUAGCUCUUCCCCCUGCUGAAUAACAAGGCUGGAAAUCAAGAGGGGAGAAGACAAAAAGGAAAUACAGCUCCUCUGUGGAAGAUCUCACCACGGACACGGGGCAUUUUUCACCUGGCUUGCCUCUUUAAUGGGACAAAUGUGGACUUAUCGAGCGUGGCAAAGCAGGGCAUGGCUUUAAGCAGGCUCCUGCUGCUAUGUAUGUUAGUCUCUGAAGUGCGGGAUGCGGAGACCAAGCCCAUUGACUUUGUGUGCAGCAGAUCGUCCAGAAGGGCAAUGAAUAUUGUGGCAGAGAUGCAAGCUGCAAUGAAUAACUGCAACAGUUCUACCCCACUGUCCACGCCAGUUCAUCUCCCCUGCACCGAGCUCCACGUAGCAUCUUGGGAAAGAAAAUCACACCAGGAGAGGAGAGAAGACAUCGCUGCAUCCUUGAGGCUUCUUGUGGAGACUGUGACGGUGGCGAGGCCCCUCGGCCAGGCUGACUGCGGCUUGGUGCUUUUGCAGAGGUUGGAGCACAACAUCAACAGCUACCUCCUCAUCCUCACACAUCUUCAACUGAGUGACCAACAGGGGUCAGUGGAGAGCGCAGACUUGUCUUGUGUUCCUGGAAGCACCCUCAGUUUAAACACAGUCCUGCUGAACUACAACCGCCUGAUCACAGGCAAACUGGAGCGGUUGAUGAUUAGCCUGGAAAGCAGAUGCACCCCUCAAUGACAAGAUGAACAUCUUCAGGAAACACCACUCUAUGUUAGUUAUGUUCAAUCAAUCAAUCAAUCAAUCACAUUUUAUUUAUAUUGCCCUUAAUAACAAGUGUCUCAAAGGGCUGCACAAGCCACAACGACAUCCUCGGCUCAGAUCCCACAUUAGUAACAAUUGAUCCAGCAGCGGGGCAAUGUUGUUUUUGAUGGGAUUUGAAAAAUCUCUUUUUGAAUGUUCUGAACUCCUGUUUCAAUAUGUUGAGCGGAAAAAUGCUGCCCGGAGGAGUUGCGAUAGUGUUGUUCGAGCUCUACUUCUACAGUAUUUUACUUCUUUAGACCGCAAAGCAACAGCGCCUCUGCUGGUUGCAGACAAGUAGUGCACUCCAUUCUGCAUCAAUUGCUGCAAGAUGUGAUCAAUCAACAAUCCAUUUCACGCAAUCAACAGAAUUCUUAACAAAUGUAGUCUUAUUAGGUUUAGUUUUGCAAUGAUUGAUGUUGCAUUUAAUGAACAUGUGGGUUUUGACAAAGUACAUCAUUUGACUUGAUUAAAUAAGCCUAUGGACAAAUACAUUUGCUUCUGUACAGCCUUUAGGCUCCAUGCCCACUGUGAAUGCAUCCAUCCCAACUAUACAGUAUACUAUACAGUAUACCAGAGCAACCUGCUUCCUGUUACUGCAAACAAUUGUUGAUGUUAUUUUUUUUUUUAAUAUAGCUGUAAAAAAAUGUAGGCAAGUUGAGCUAUAGCUGCUAUACAUUGUAAAUAACUUAUUUUUGUU